AUGGGGAAUCAAGUGACACUGCAUAGCGCCUGUGAACGUGGAGACCUAACGGAGGUGCAUCGGAUACUAAAGACAGUAACGACCGAGGAGCUGGAGGCGACGGACGAAAGCGGCCGCACACCUCUGCUACUUGCAGUCGCCAGCUUGAAGCAUUUGUACGUGUAUCAGGAGCUGGAGAAAGAUUUCGACGGUUUUUACGGCUUUGCAGACAGCGAAGAGGCAGAUACGACCUUCGUUUCUCCAACAAAGGAGGAGCAAGAGCAUGAAAAAGAGCAAGAACAAGUAAGUGCAGAGAGCAGCACUAGCGAGACCGUAGUGAAUGAAGACGCGGAGCUGGAGUUUCUUCCCAAGGAAAUCGAGAUCCUGCAUCUGCUGCUACAACACCGUGUCAAUGUGGACCACAAGGACGAGAAUGGAUGGACAGCGCUGCAUUACGCAUGCUUUGUUCAGAAUGCCGUGGCCAUCAAGAUGCUGAUCCACGCGGGUGCACGACCAAUGAGAGAAAGUUACGGGUUGCUGCCGCAGGAUUUACUGCAAAGGGGGCACAUGUCGGAGUGGGUGGUUCAAGCUCAAGAACUGAAAGAGUCGUUGGAUCAAAUUGUGGACGAUAGUGGUUACAUGAUAAAGCUGCUGGCAUUUCGACCUAGCGGGAUUGUACAAUUGGACAUGGGUGGACAGGUUGAGAAGGGGUCCUUUGUUACAUUAGAGUACGACGUGCCAGAGACACAUUCUGUAAAGGAUUAUAUUCAGGUGCUCAUUUCAAAGGAAGAUUCGACAGCGAUCGAAACGGGACCUUUUCAUUAUGUGCCAGAGGGUGGGCACGGACAGUUGACAAUCAGUACGAAGGACAUCCCGUCAGCUUGUACAGUUCGCUUCGUGUACGUGAAGAGCGACAUUAACAGGAUGUCUAGAGAGGUGAUGGCCAGCGGUUGCAACGCAGUGGUACAGGCUUCAGUUGGUGAGAUCUUUCAGUACGAGUUAUUUUUGUACGAGCGUGUGGUGGAGGUGGAGAGCAUUUCAGAAUUCGAGUUUAUUGAUCAACCUUCGAUUGUACUAAAACGUAUCGGCAUCGUCAGCGGGGAGGAAAUCGAGUGGGCCGCCAUCCUACCUGACAAUCACAUCGUUGCAGUGAACGAUAUUCGGAUCGACGCGAUGGAUUUUGCAGAGGCCGUGCGCGUAUUGCAGGAGAAUAAUGGCAGGCAAUGCACAAAAUUACUUAUGCAGAACUACUCGGCAUGCGGUGACUUCAUCCCGGAGAAAAUACUUGGCGUGGGUGUCGUUGGAAAAUACACAUGCUUGUAUCCGGUAGACGAAGGCAAAGAAGUUGAGGGUGGUGAGCAGAAAUAUGAGGCAUGGAUGCAUGAAGAGACAACACGGGAGUAUUCGCCGUCUUCGGUAUCGUUACAAGUGCCUCAAGCUGAGGCACGUGUAUUAGUAAGCAAGCUGACUGUCGACGAUGACGAUGACCCUGCCGCGAUGGACAGAAUGGAGAAAUGUUCUUCUUCUUCUUCAACCAUAGAAACGGUUGUACCACUGCACAACUCGCUGCAGCUCGUGGCCCAACUACGACAUGGAAUAUUAAUCAGCCACGCCAACAGAUAA